AUGGCUCCAUUUAAACCUUACAAGUUCAUAAUUUUUGACAAUAAUUUGAAAAACAGCCAUUUUUACACCAAGAUAAUUUCAUACCUGAAUUUAUCACUUCUUUGCAAAGAAAUUUAUAUAAAUGAAAAAUAUAACAAAAUAAAAUAUGAUAAUAUAUGCAAUAAUAAACUUGUGUUUUUUUCAGAAAAUAAUUUACUUGACAAAUUAAAAAAAAAUGUAUUAUCCUAUGGAGAAAAUAUGCAUAGUAAACCAAAUUUGGUGAGCACAAAUGAAAAUAUAAUAGACACACACAAAACAAUUAAAAAAGAUUUAAGUUCUAAAUUUUGCAAACCUCAAAAAGAUGAUGAAAGAAAAGCAAAAAAAUUAAUAGAAAGUGUAGACGAAAAUGAUAAACUUAUGAAUGACGCCAAUAAGCUAGUAAGCUUUCUUACUUAUGACAACAGAAAAAAAGACGACUUUUUAAAAAUUCUAAAUUUAAAUAAAUUAUAUAAUGUAGAUCAUAUAAAUAUUUUAUGCUUAAAUAAUUAUAAUUCAAUAACAGACUUAUUUAAAAAUAACAAUUUUGAAAAUAAAAGGAUUUCAAUUUUUUGCCCUUUUCAUAUAAUAAAUAAUGAUGAUAAUAAUAAAUAUCAAAAAGAAAUUAUAGAAAAAAUCAUAGAUUAUAUAUAUCCUAUAAUUAGUGAUUUUCUUCCAUUAAAUUAUAAACAUGUUUAUGUAUCAGAUUUGGUUAGAGCUAUAAUUUUAAAUUCAGAACUUUGUCAAACAAACUCAAACAAAGAGAUCGAAAUAUUCAAAUUUAUAGACAUGAUGGAAAUUAUUGGAAAAGCUUGA